GCCGCGUAGAGUGCGGUGUGAGUGGUGCGGGGUCCUCGCCCCGCCCGCGGCCAUGGCCUCCCUCCUCGCCAAGGACACCUACCUGCAGGACCUAGCCAGGAAGAUCUGCGUCCAGCCGGGCCCCGAGCGGCCGAGACGCGAGCGGGCUGGCAAGGCUCGAGGCUCAGAAGCUUCUGGGCCUCCAAAAAAGAGAAGGAAAAAAGCACAGAAGAAACCCCCCGAGCAGGAACAGAAGGCCAUGCACAAGGCCAAGUCCUUGAGAGAGAAGUCUCCAGCUGCUUCUGCAGCCAAGAAACAGGCAGCACCCAAAGAGGAGGCUUCCAGCUUCCCAGGGACUCCUGCAGAUGACCAAACCACGGGACCUGACUCUGUGUUCGCCCUGGAGGUGCUGCGGGAACGACUGCACCAGAAGAUGCAGGAGGCCCGGGGCCAGGGAAGUGCCAAGGAGCUGUCUGCGGCCACUCUGGAGAAACGGCAGCGGAGAAAGCAGGAGCGGGAGCGGAAGAAGAGGAAGCGGAAGGAGCUGCGUGCCAAGGAGAAGGCGAUGAAGGCUGUGAAGAUGGAAGUAGCCUCCGAGGCGCCCCCUGAGGUGGCCUGCAAGGAGCCACAGGAGCAGGGGCUGAUCUUCAACAAGGUGGAGGUGAACGAGGAUGAGCCGGCCAGCAAGGCCCAGCGGAGGAGGGAGAAGCGGCAGAGGGUGAAGGGGAACCUGACCCCGCUGACGGGCAGGAACUACAGGCAGCUGCUGGAGCGCCUGCAGGCUCGGCAGGGCCAGCUGGAGGAGCUGCGGGAGCAGGAUGCGGGGAAGGCCCAGGAGCUGGAGGCCAAGAUGAAGUGGACCAACCUGCUGUACAAGGCAGAGGGUGUGAAGAUUCGGGACAACGAGCAGAUGCUGCAGGAGGCGCUGAAGCGCAAGGAGAAGCGCAAGGCCCAGCGGCAGCGCCAGUGGGAGAAGCGCUCGGCCCAGGUGGUGGAGAAGAUGCAGCAGCGGCAGGACAAGCGGCGGCAGAAUGUGCGCAAGAAAAAGGCAGCCCGCGCCGAGCGGCGUCUGCAGAAGGCCCGCAAGAAGGGCCGGGUGCUGCCCCAGGACCUGGAGCGGGCUGGCCUGGCCUGAGCGGCCCGCCCCUUCCCAGGUGCCUUUCCCACCUGCUCUCCUGAGCUUGGGUCCCCAGGUGAGGUAACCUGGGCCUCGCCUUCAGUGAGGCUCCGAUGAGGCCCCAGAGAGAAGGUUGGUGCCUUCGCCAGACCUGGGAGGGGCCAGCCCAUUCUGCAUCUGCCCUCUUGAAGGGGAAGCAGGGGUGGAGGGGAGGCCUCUGCUUCCUCCUCUUUCCCAUGGCCAUGAACAGGAGGAUGGCCCUUGGGAGGGCCAGAACCCGCAGGGGGCUGGUGGGCUCACACUAUUUGGAGGAAGCCAGGGCCAGCCAGGCUACCUAGCUCUGCCUCUCUCUCCUGUUCCUCAGCCAUUCCUGCUCAAAACCCAAGGAAUGAAAGGGAAGUGGGGUCACAGCGCCAUCUGUGGGCCAGUCACUGGCAGAGCACUGAAGUGCUUCCCUUUGGCCUCCUAGAAUCAAGGCCAGGAUAGGGGCUGGUGCAGGUGGGCCUCUGCUACGGCAGGACAGGCGGAGAUGGCGACCCUCCUGGGUUAGCUCGGUGAAGCAGUGGCUGUGCAGGUUGGUGGUGUCUCGGGUGUCUUGGAGGGAAACAAAUCAUACUGGGCAGCUGUUAUGAAAUGAGCUUUUGUCUAGGGAAAAAAAUCCUUAAUAAAUGGGGGAGUUUUCCUUUGC